CCCGCGCUUAGAGCCCUUGGAUGGAGGAGGAGGUAGCCAUGUUGUAGCUGCGGAGAACAGCGGUGCAGAGAUACAAACAAACCGGGAGAAACCCGCUGGAGAAUCGGCUCUGCUCACCGCACGGCUCGGAGGGACCGUCUGUUCCGUUUCUUGUCUGGAGCGCCGUUCUGUAGGGAGGCACCAUGAGCGGCGGGACGCCUUAUCUGGGCAGCAAAAUCAGCCUGAUCUCGAAGGCCGAGAUCCGCUACGAAGGGAUCCUGUACACCAUCGACACGGAGAACUCCACCGUGGCUCUGGCUAAAGUUCGGUCCUUCGGUACUGAGGAUCGCCCCACCGACCGACCCAUUCCUCCUCGAGACGACACCUUCGAAUACAUCAUCUUCAGAGGCAGCGACAUCAAGGACCUGACAGUCUGCGAGCCUCCAAAACCAACAUGUUCUCUGCCCCAGGACCCCGCUAUAGUCCAGUCGUCCAUGAGCUCCAGCUCCUCGUCUGCCGGGGCUUCGGCUCCGACUCCCUUCCAGUCCGCCGGUUCUUACGGACUCUUCAACCGAGCUCCGGUUCCUGCCUACAGUCAGUUCAGCACCAGCCCCCUGGUCUCGCCCCAGUUUGGACCCGUCGGUGUCGGUCGCAGCAGCCCCAGUCUGGACCCGCUGAGGAAGAGCCCGACCCUGGAGCAGGUGAUCCAGAACGCCCCGUCUGCCCCAGCCUCUGCCUCCACUGCGCAGGCCCCUGGGCUGAGCCGCAGGAGCCCUGCCCACGGCCGCACGGCGCCCCCCGGUGGUCCCAGCGGGCAGAAGGCGGCGCAGCAGGACGGCGUGGACUCCAGGAGGGGGGAGGCUUCCAGGGGCUGGUCUGGACCCAGGUCCAUGUCUGCUGUAGACCGGCCUGCAGGACUGCCUCACUCUCUGUUCAGCCAAUCAGGCUCAGACGUCCAGAAAGGCCCCAAACCAGAGAGCGAUCAGGGCCGAGGAGAAGGCAGGGAGUCCAGUAAACGUAUCCCAGCACCUGCCGGAGCGCCGGCAAACCGUCGCGGUCGAGGUGGAGGACACCGCGGCCGAGGACGCUUCAACGUCCGCCGAGACGGACCAAUGAAGUUCGAGAAGGACUUUGACUUCGAGAGCGCCAACGCUCAGUUCAACAAGGAGGAGAUCGACCGCGAGUUCCAGAGCAAACUGAAGCUCAAAGAUGAGAAGACGGAGAAGUCGGAGAAAGCUCUGAACGGGGAGGAUAAAGGCGACUCUGGUGUGGAAACUCAGAACAGCGAAGGAAACGCUGAGGACGAGUGCGACCCGCUGGGACCCAACUGCUACUACGACAAGUCCAAGUCCUUCUUCGACAACAUCUCCUGCGACGACACCAGGAAAGCCAAUGACAAGUCUGGAGGCUCAGCUUUCCCCAGGGAGCGCCGUCAGACCUGGGCCGAGGAGCGGAGGAUGAACGCCGAGACGUUUGGCAUCCCGCUGCGUCAGAGCCGAGGUCGUGGCGGUUACCGUGGCCGCGGGGGGAUAUUCCGAGGGGGGCGGGGCCGCCCGGCCAGCCGAGGGUCCUUCGGGCCGCCGCAGGGAGGCGGAGCCUAUCGGGGUGGGUACAGAGGAAACCAAGCGGGGCGAGAGUUCGCUGACCUAUCAGCAUACAGGAAGGACAACAAAGUGGCAGCGUAGUUCCGUGGACAAGAAGGUUCUCCUGAAGGUGGAACUUCUUCACGCUGGAACCAGAUAGUUCUGUUGACUAAAUAAUGCAGAUUGUCUACUAGUUGUAUAUUUGUCACCAGCACUGGGGUAGACGGCUUGAAUGCAACUUUAACUUUCAUAUCUGUCAGCGACGGAACCACGAGUUUAUCAGAACCUUAAAUAACGUGUCUAGAUGUUCUCCGUUAGCCGACCACAGACUGAUGCUCACUGGGUUAGCUUCACCUGCUAGGUCUAUCUCUAACCACCUCCUCACCUUUCUAAUGGAUUUUUCUACGUCUCACCUGGGAUCUUCACCUGAACAUGAUCCUCCUCGGGUUCCUCCUCGGGUUCUUCCUGUUGUCGUCUGAAGGUCGUAGGUCCAGCUCCAGUCGCUUUGUUUUCUGUUCUUCACUCGUUUCUCUGUGGUUUACUUGGUUCUCGAGCCGCCGGUCCGUAGAGACGCUGCAGCUAGCUUCAGUUAGCUUCUGUUAGCUUCAGCUAGCUGCAGUUAGCUUCCAUUAGCUUCAGCUAGCUUCAGCUAAACCUACAUUUCCAACUUUUAUCUCCAGACGUCUGUAUGGAGGACCGGAAGCGCCUCAAGUAAAGAAAGAGUUCACAAUUUAAUGAAAAACUCCGUCAGAAUGAAUAAACUGAACCUGGCUUCAAUCAUUUUAUCAAUACAAGAACUAAAGGAAAAUAAAAUCACUUUGUUUAUUUCAGGCGUUUUAAAUCUUCCAUGAGUGAUGUUCUGAUAAAUAUUAAAUAUGUUUAAAUUACAAUGAAACACUUUUUUUUUUUAAUUGGCAUUUUCUUAUUUGUGUCAUAAUUUAAUGGAAAACUUUAUUAAGAUGAAAUAAAAUUAGAUUUAAAAGUGACAGAAGUCAAGAAAACAGGAAGUCCCACCAAAACAAACUCAUCAUUUUAUCCAUCAGACAAUAAAUACAAAAGAGAAUUAAAUAAAAUAUAGAGGAUCCUUAUAAACAAAGUGAUGACAUGUUUUUUUAUUAGUAUUUUCUUGCGUCAUAAUUGAAUGGAAAACUUUAUUAAUUUGAAAUGAAAUAAGAUUUGAAGAAACUUCAACCAGUUUGUCGUUUCUGAAUUCUGACGCAGUGAAACUGGAUCAUGUUUGUGACUUUAGGCACUCUCUGUCCUCCAUACUGAAGGCGUUCCUCAGAUGUUCUUCCUCCGGUUCUUCCUCUGGUUCUCCUUGUUGUUCUCCAGACACUAACUCAGUUUCUCCUGUUCAGAGAAUCUUCAGCCUGAAGCCACGAACCUCAACUGUAGCAGCGUUUAGCAAUAUGAGGCUUCAGUUCUAGAAACGUUCUGAUCCGACCCACACAGAAACAGAAGCUGGUUCCUGUUCUGUCCUCAGAUCCACUAAAACAGAAACGUUCUACUGGAACCGAUUCCACAAUUAGAACUCCUUUUCUCAGUAAACUGAAUGUUCUGAGGAUGUUUCAGGACGGUUCUUCCUUUAAUCCAACACCAAACAGUCGACCGAUUCAGAGAACAGACGGCAGUAAUGAGUUUAAUCAGAUCGGUUCCGUCUUUGGGUUGGUUCCCUCUUUAUGUUGGUUCUGUCUUUGCGUCAGUUCCGUCUUUGGGUCAGUUCUGUCUUUAUGUUGGUUCCGUCUUUACAUCGGUUCCGCCUUUGGGUGGGUUCUGUCUUUAUGUCGGUUCUGUCUUAACAUUGGACUCCAGACGGGGUUGAAAUCGACUGGAUGAGUUGAGGAGCCGUAGAGGAAAAGGUUCUUGUUCUUGGGAUCGGUCUUAGAGCUGACAGUUGAACUUGGGUCGGAUCAGAACCAACGGUCCAGAACGGCUUUUCUAACGUCUUCACUCGUUGAUGGAAGUAAACUCGACGUGUUUCUUCUGUUGUAGAAAAUAUUUCUUUGCAUUUAGGCACCAAAAACUUUUGUUUAAGCAUGAAAGAAAAGUUGAAGAUGAGAAGAGAAGCAGCAGCUCAGACACAAGUUUGAUUCUAGAAGCUUUAAAUGAACCAGAAAUACAAACACUCAGAGUUUUUGGCUUCUAUUUAAAUGUUUUAAUACGUCGCCACAUUUCCUACAUUAAGACUAGGAACGGGAGGAAACCUGAUUCAUUUCCGUUUCCCUAAACUCAUGAAUUUAACAUGUAGAAGGGAUCGUGGAGUUUCUCUGGUCUUCAUGAAAUCAGGUUUUCUGUCUGAAGCUUCACCUCAGCUCUUCAUGUUCAGAUCCAGAGCAGUCUAUCUUUAGUUUGGUUUUUGGGAACACUUUGGCUGUAAUUUCAGUGGUUUUGGAUUAAAUCAGAAGAAUAAAUAAAAAGAUUUGACCCUGAAGCAGAACCGGAUCAUCUGAGGUUCUGCUGUUCGCACUGAAAUAACUCAGAAUUAGACAUAAAACCAAAGGAUUGAUCAGCUGCAAGGUGCUUUACUGACCUCUGGUUGGGUUUCCUGACCUCUGGUUGGUUUUCCUGACCUCUGGUUGGGUUUCCUGACCUCUGGUUGGUUUUCCUGACCUCUGGUUGGUUUUCCUGACCUCUGGUUGGUUUUCCUGACCUGUGGUUUGGGAUUCUGGCCUCUGGUUUGGGUUUCUGGCCUCUGGUUGGGUUUUUCUGAUCUUUGGUUGGAUUUCUGGCCUUUGGUUUCCACCUCUUCUAGUGUGUAUGCUAAGUUAACAAGCCACAGCUGGAGCGCCAUGGUUUUAGGGUAAAAAUCACCCGCGAGUUUAACUGAAUACUGGACUUUUUAUGUCAGUUUGUUUUGGUGAAUUCAGCAGAAUAAAGUCUGGUUGGUGUCUCAGUGAGGAUCUGGUCUGUUGGGUCCGACUCUGUGGUUCUGAGCUCCAAACUUGGACCAAAAUCAAACUGGUCUCCGGUUUGAUUUUGGUCAAAGUUUGGAGCUGAGGACCACAGAGAGUCUGACCCAUCAGACUCCUGAUGCUAGAAGGUUCUGAAAGGUUCUGACUGGUGGUGGUCUUCAAACAAAACCUGAAUUCGGAGGAAACAAAAGUUUUUGGUGGACGGUUGUUGAUGCAAUAAGUGUUGGCGGUCAGAGAGCUCCUCCGUCAACUCUCUGAAGCUUUUUAUUAAGAGCAAAUAAUAAACAGUUGUUCAGUA